AUGCCCGCCGACCACAAUGAAAAGCAGGCGGCCGCCCAGGCUGCCGUCGACAUUCUCCAUGAGAUGUCCACCAUACUCAACUGCGAGCUAGAUCGACGCACCCUGUCCAUCUGCAUCUCCAUGAUCGAGAACGGCGUGAACCCGGUGGCGCUUGCGAAAGCCAUAGUCAAGCUGCGCGAGACCGGCCAGCAGGUGGAGCAGCACAUGGCUUCGCAGAAGCGGUAG